GGAAUCGCAAUGUUUGUCAAAUUUGCAAAUACAGAUGGUCUCGUGAUGGAUGCAGAAGAGCCGUAUACGGACACGGAAAUUCCGCUGGAGCUGGGCACGUGCAUUUUUCUUCCUGACGGUUUGGUCUUCGUCGAUCGACAUCCUGGUGACACGGCUACACGUCUCUACACUCAGGGUAUUAUCGACUGUAUACGUUUCGCGCAACAAAUUUAUAAAGCUGAAGAAGGUUGCCAAAUCCAUUUGCCGCGCAUGCAUUCUUCAUUACUAGCAGAGGCAGAAGUUCAACAGCAACUUUACAAAUUAGCUAAAAAGGUGAAUAUUCUGGUAAUUUAGCUCUUUUACAUUGGUUUGAAAUGACUCAUCAGAAUGAUUUCAUUUAUUAUUAUUAUUAUUUUUAUU